CGUUCUGUCACUUUUUUCGACGUUCUCAGCAGCAUCAUCGCGGAAAAAAUUGCAUUUUGUUGGAAACAGCUCGCGAUAAAUUUAAACUGAAAUUCUGUUGGAAAUUUACUAUAAUCAUCAUCCAAACAGUAUCCACAGUUUGGCAACAUAAUGUCUGAAAGAGAAGAACUGAUCAAACAAUUUUCCGACGUUACCGGAGUGGCUGAGGACCGAGCCAAAUUCUACUUGGAAGCAGCCAAUGGAGAACUGCAAGUAGCGCUGUCCAGCUUCUACGAAGGCGACAACGAAGGUGAUCGUCCUGUUGUGGCCAUAGACGACGACGAUGAUGAUUCGGAUGACGAUAAUGUUACGAUGGAUUCAGUCCAUCUUUCGCGCUCGGAAGCCAAAUCAAAAACUAAAAAAGCCCCUAAAUCGUCCAAUAUUGCCACUCUAUCAUCUCUGAACGACUCCCCGUCGGAGGACGAAGAAGAGCACGGACAAGCCUUCUACGCUGGUGGUUCGGAACGUUCAGGACAGCAGGUUUUGGGUCCUCCGAAGAAAAAUCCCAUCAAAGAUUAUGUGUCAGAAAUUUUCCGAUCUGCCCAGCAGGGUCAUCUUGAAACGUUUGAAGGUGAAGCGAGUUCAAGCUCCAGCUCACUAUAUGCCGGAACUGGUUAUAGACUGGGUCAAACUGAUAACGAUCAUCAAGCCAUUCCGGAUAGACAGCGAUCUUCUGCUAGAGAUGGUGAUCAUAAUCAUGAAGUUGUAACGCUGACUCUAUGGCGUCAAGGCUUCUCAAUCAAUAAUGGCGAACUUCGUCGUUAUGAGGAUUCUGCUAAUAAGGAGUUCUUUGAAUCGAUUAUGCGCGGCGAGAUUCCGCCAGAACUGCGUUCCAAGGGUCCAACGAUGAUUCAUCUGGAUCUAAAGGAUAACCGACAUGAGGAUUAUGUGAAGCGUUCUGCUCCUUUCAGGGCUUUCGGAGGAGGUGGCCAAACACUUGGCAGCCCCGCACCAAAUGUUGUCGAGAGUGCACCUGCCGCAGCAGGAAAUAGCGAGGAAAACGAAAAGAAGGCUCUAUCUAGCUUGCAAGUGGAUGAAAGCCAGCCGACAACGAAUCUGCAGAUUCGCCUGGCAGAUGGUUCUCGCUUGUCAGCACGCUUCAAUCAAAGCCACACCAUCGAGAACGUUCGACAAUAUAUUACAAACGCCCGCCCGCAAUACGCGACACAGAGUUUUGCACUGAUGACCACAUUCCCACCCAAGGAGCUGGCCGACGGAUCGCAAAGCCUUAAGGAUGCGGGAUUAUUAAAUUCUGCUAUUAUGCAGCGAAUGAAGUAGUAGAUUCCUGCUGAAGGUUUCCAGCAAAGGUGAGUUUUUUUUGUGGUGUUUCGACCUAAAUAUCUUGGGUGCUGCACAUCAGCGUUGUGUUUCAUCUUCAUUUAGGCUAGGCGAAACACAGUGUAUGGCUUAGACUGAGGAUGUGCAAAUCGUUCUUUUUCUUUAGUUAUUUUUCGAUCAAGGUCUAUGAGGCCGCACGUCAAUCACCCUGUUUUUUUGAAGUUCUUGGAGUAGUAGGUGUAGAAACUUAUUCAUAAAAUACCCGAAAGAAUCUGCAUGAUUCAUACUAUUCAAAUACUGAACAUUUUUACGAAAUAGUACUGUCUUACGCAAUAUAUAAAA